GCCGGCCCGUCGCACUCGGAGCUGCCCCGCCGCCGAGCCAGCGCGGACUGGGGCCGGGCGGACGGCGGGGGCUGGGGGCGCUGCCCCCAGGAGUCUUUUUGUGGCCCCAGAGGAGAGAGGGCAAAAGCGAGGCUGACCGGGGCCGAAAUCAUGAACCGGAGUUUUCACAAGUCUCAGACCUUGCGCUUCUACGACUGCAGCGCGGUGGAAGUCAAGAGCAAGUUUGGGGCGGAAUUCCGAAGGUUCUCCUUGGACCGGCACAAGCCUGGGAGGUUUGAGGACUUCUACAAGCUGGUUGUGCACACCCACCGCAUCUCCAACAGCGACGUGACCAUCGGCUACGCAGACGUGCACGGCGACCUCCUGCCCAUCAACAACGAUGACAACUUCUGCAAGGCGGUCUCCAGCGCGAAUCCACUGCUCAGGGUCUUCAUCCAGAAACGAGAAGAGGCGGACCACUACAACUUCGGGGCGGGCACCCUGUCGAGGAAGAAGAAGGUGCUGGUGGCGCUGCGGGACGAGGGCCUGCGCCGGCGCGCGCACCUGGACAUCAGCAUGCCGCACGACUUCCGCCCGGUGUCCUCCGUCAUCGACGUGGACAUCCUCCCCGAGACGCACCGCCGCGUGAGGCUGUACCGGCACGGCUGCGAGAAGCCGCUGGGCUUCUACAUCCGCGACGGCAUCAGCGUGCGGGUGACGCCGCACGGGCUGGAGAAGGUGCCGGGCAUCUUCAUCUCGCGCAUGGUGCCCGGCGGCCUGGCGGAGAGCACCGGGCUGCUGGCCGUGAACGACGAGGUUUUGGAGGUGAACGGGAUCGAGGUGGCGGGGAAGACGCUGGACCAGGUCACGGACAUGAUGAUCGCCAACAGCCACAACCUCAUCGUCACCGUCAAGCCCGCCAACCAGAGGAACAACGUGGUGCGCGGCAGCCGCGCGCCCAGCAGCGCGGGCCAGUCCUCGGACGGCGCAGGCCCGCCGGCCCCCCACGUCCUGCAGAACUUUCACCCCGACGAGGUGGAGAGCGACGAGGAUGCUGACAUUGUCAUCGAGGGGAACGCGGCGCCCCCGGGCGGCCUCACCCGCGCCAACGGCACCGGCCUGGUGCCCCGACGGCCGCGGGACGCGCCCCUGGACAGCUUGGGACGCGAGGGCGGCGGCCUCCACCGAAUGCUCAGCGCGCUGCAGCCGGACCCGCGCCACAGCCUGGUGCUCCCGCGCGGCGGCGUGGAGGAACACGGGCCGGCGCUCACGCUCUAGCGGUGCUGGGGUCCCCCAAACCCCGCGGGGCACACGGUGGAGGAGCACGGGCCGGCGCUCACGCUCUAGCGGCGCGGGGGUCCCCCAAAC